AAGAUGAGACAAAAAGAGAGAGAGAGAGAAAUUUUUUCUUAUAACUCCUUUAAAAUUGAAAUAAUCUGAAAAUAAUUGAAAAUAUACGAACGGGAGAUGCUAUCUAUCGAGGAUAACAUCGAAUUUGGUUUGAUAAUACAUGAUAAAGGUAACGCGUGAUACAUAACGUGUGAUUCUUUAAGACAUAUAUCAUUUACAUUCGAUUUUCAGUUUUCGAAAGGAUUGAAUAAAAUAACAAAAGAUAACGACGACGUAUUACAUUUUUUUGGAAGGUUAUCACGACAAGAAAGUUGUAUUAAACCACUUCGGGAAAGAUCGGACAUCGUUGAAACUGUAAACUCGUUAUUACUUUUAAAAUAUGUAUCUUAUCGUGGUUUUAUUUAUUACUUUCUUUUUUCUUUUAUUAUUUUCUUUUUGAAUUUUUCUCUGUUCCUUUCUUUUUUUUUUAUGCUCGUUCUCGUUAAAACGUUAUAAAACGGAGAACAUUACGUCAAACGAAUGGUAUGGAAAUUUGAAAUACUAUUUACGAUUCACGGUCAAUACACGUGUGUACCAUUAGACAUUUUAAUUUUCUUUUACAUCGUUAUUAUUAUUAAAAAAUACACAAAACUCUUUUAUAGCCAUUGAUAUCGAACGUGAGUGUCCAAUAUAUUUUGAUAUUCGGAAUAUAUUUAAUUGUCGGAAAGUUUAUUGAUUUUUCAUAAUAAAAUAAAAUACGAAUUAAAUAUACAAAUAAAAUUUCGUACGAGUUUAAAGAAGUUGUAACUUAUUAUUGAUCGACAAUGAUAACGCCUUUUCAUGAUUUUUAUUUUCGUUCUCUGUAAGUUCAUUAAUCAUUUAUGAGUAUGAUAAAAGGGGAAAAAAAAAGAGGAAAAAAAAGAAAAAUGUUGCUUGGGGAUUCUACGAUCAAAACCUUUUUAAUAUAACGAUGAAGCAAUGAAAAAGAAGAGGAUAAAGAAGAAGAAGAAGAAGAAGAAAGAAGGCGCGUCCUGUGGCAGCAAGGCGCCGCCAUAGAAAUGGUUGAAGCGAUGAAGAAGGUGGCCUCGCUGGACGUAGAACUCACCGUUGAGGAAAGGAAUCUACUAUCCGUCGCGUAUAAAAAUGUGAUCGGUGCGAGGAGGGCAUCAUGGAGAAUAAUAUCGAGUAUCGAACAGAAGGAGGAGAACAAAGGUGCCGAGGGUAAGCUGGAGAUGAUCCGUCAGUACCGAUCUCAAGUGGAGAAAGAGCUCAAGGAUAUUUGUGCUGAUAUACUGGGUGUCUUGGACAAACAUUUGAUACCAUGUGCUUCGACUGGAGAGUCGAAAGUAUUUUAUUACAAAAUGAAGGGAGAUUAUCAUCGUUACCUGGCCGAAUUUGCAAUUGGCAAUGACAGGAAGGAGGCUGCAGAGAACUCUCUAGUAGCGUACAAAGCAGCAAGCGACAUUGCAAUGACCGAGCUACCACCAACUCAUCCCAUUCGUUUGGGAUUAGCGCUUAAUUUCUCCGUCUUCUAUUACGAGAUUUUGAACAGUCCUGAUAGGGCGUGUCGCUUAGCGAAGGCUGCCUUUGAUGACGCGAUCGCAGAAUUGGAUACUCUGUCUGAGGAGAGCUAUAAAGAUUCCACCUUAAUUAUGCAGCUCCUUAGGGACAACCUCACGCUUUGGACGUCGGAUAUGCAAGGGGAUGGCGAAGGAGAGCAAAAGGAGCAGCUGCAGGAUGUGGAAGAUCAGGACGUAUCGUAACUCUAGCCUUAGUGAGUGAUGUCUUGCGCAUAUAAAACUGAGACACAUGAAAAAAAAGCAAAAAACUCUUAAUAACUCGUAAGCAAAAAAAAAACAAUUCAAGCAGGUGACAGUUUGAAGUGGGAAGGGGAGAUCUUUAGCGAUCGCGUGACCUUAAGCACGCGCAACGUAUGGUUACUCAAAAAGAAAAUGAAAAAAAUAAUCGUAUCAUUCGAUCCAUACAAACACGUAAAUACACACGGACUCUCACGUACAUACAUACGUACAUAAACAUAUACAUAUACACAUACAGACGCGCGUAUAUACAUCGAGUUACGGUGCACAUCAGAAUUGUUGAAGCUAUAAAAAAGAAAAGAAAAAAAGAGAGUAAAGACAGACACCUUUGGGUUUACCACCGAGACUGGAAAGCAUGUUUGGAAGAAAAAAAAAAAAAAGAGAGAGAAAAAAACAGGGAGAGAAAGGAAGAAGGGAAAGCAUAGUAGGUGGGUGUGAUUGCACGUGCGUGGGCGUGUGUAUGUAUGUUUGUAUGUAAGUAUGUAUGCAUGCAUGCAUGUGAGAAAGACAGAAAGAAAGAAAAAAAAGAAAGAGAGGGAGAGGAAAAGAAACAUUGAGAAAAGUAUACGGUUUUUAUGAGAUCCGUAAACGAUCAAAAUUAGCGUGAUUUACGACGAAAAAUAUCGUUGACAAGCGCGAUUUCGGUAAACAAAUUGAGCUAAUAUAAAUCAUAAUUAAUUAAAGGUGAUAAAAAUGUUCAAAUGAAAGUGCGUGCGCGUGUUGUUGUUGGUCCUGUACGGUCGUAAUAUGUACGGCUCGUUCUAGCAGUAUUCAUACAGCGAGCAAGCGCCUCAGGAGAAGAAGAUAAUGAAGAAGACGAAGAGGAAGAUGAUGAUGAAGAAAAAGAAGAGGAAGAAAAGAGAUAAAGAUGGAAAAGAUCCGUGUCCCCACAACUUCCAUUGUGUAUACCGUACGCAUUUUACAAUAGAAAACAAACAAACGUCAAUCGAGCCUACGGUGUGUGUUCGAUUGUUCGUUCGUUCAUUCGUAUUACCCGGCCCCUAAUCUCCUCCUCGUCCUUCUCCUCCUUCCCUGCUUUUUUACUGCGCGCAUGAUCGUCUCGCAUGCCACGAUAAUAAAACGGUGUUACAACGUUUAUACGCGUAAAUCGAGCGUAAAACGAUCAGUAUAUAUAUACAUAUAUAUAUAUGUAUAUAUAUAUGUAUGUAUACAUAUAUGUGUGUACGUGCGUCUGUAUACAUAUGUAUGUGUAUGUAUAUGUAUAUACGAAGAAUCCUCUAACACACAGAAAACCUUUCUCCUGAAGGAAGCAAGCAAGCGAGCGAGCGAGAAAAAGAGAGAUAGAGAUAGAGAGAAAGAGAGAUCAAUCGCGUCGUUCCUCUGUGAAACCGACGACGACGUCGACAACAAUAAGAGGAAGGAAAAAGAGAAAAGAAAAAAAAUAAGAAAAUAAUAAUAAUAAUAAUAAACGAGACCAAGAGUCAACGCAUUCCGUGAAUAGAAAUUGAUUUUACCGAAGCUUACGAUUCCUUUUUUUCAUCGCCGUCGAAGAGAAGAGCGCGCGUUUGUUAAAAGAAAGAAUAGGAAAAUCAUGGAGAGAAAAAAAAGAAGUAAGAAAGGGAAGAAGAGAAAAUAGGAUAAUCGUCAUCAACAACAACAACGUAGCCCCUCCCAAGAGUGAAUAAAUAAAUAACUAAAUAAAUAAAUAAAAUAGUCAAUGCAAUAAACACGCCCAUUCAACCUGAAUAACGGCUUCUUUCUCGAGAGCAAACAUUACUAUCUAAUAAUAAAAUAUUAUAAAUAAUAAUCUGCGAAAGAAAUUAAGUAUUAUUAUAUCGAAUUUUAAUAUCAGACUUUUCAUUGUAACUGCCUCUUUUUUUUUACGCUUCUCCGAGACAGAAAAAAAGGAAAGAGAAGGGAAAAAGGAGAAAGAUUGAGAGAGAGAGAGAGAGAGAGAGAUGCUUGUGUGUAGGUAUUAUUUGGGUCAAGGAGAAGUGUCGGGAAAAGAAAAUAAAAAAGAAAGGGGGGGGGAAGAAAAAAGGAAGAAAGAAUGGAGAAAAAACAAACCAAACCAACAAGAAAACGAAAACGAAACAGAAAAAUAUCAAGUUCUGCUGUAGAGGAGCCCUCCCCUAUUUAGCGUUCUGUUUCACAGCAAAAAAUAGCUGUUUAGCUAGUUUGUAAUGUGGUUGUACAUUUUCAUACGCCCUUUGUGUAAACUAUUAUCGAUUGCUGUGGUAUAUAAAUAAUAACAGAAUAAACGACUCUGUACCCUACUUUCAAAUCGUCCGCGAACGAUUUCGCCUAUGUAUGUAUGUCCUCAUCAUCUCUUUUUUUUUUAUUUAUAUUUUUUAAUUUUUUUUUUAAUUUUUUUUUUUUUUUUUUUUUUUUUUUUCGUCAAUCACCUCUCAUCGGUGCAUACUCGUGAAGGAUAAUCCUCCCUCCACCAUCACCACCACCACUAUUACCAUCAUCAUUCAUCGUAAUCACCAACAGUCCCUUUAGUUCUAAUCGACUCGACCGAUGAUGGAUUUCAUAUCUCAGUUGGAAAUAUUUAAUGUUAGAUCGAAACAAUUAUUUCUUCUAAUAAGACAGACUUACGUUGGAUUCAUCUGUGAAAAUUAUAUCUUGCAUAUAUUUGAUCUCAUGAUGAAUAAAAGAAAAAAAAAAAGAAGGAAAGAAAAAAAAGAAACGGACAGAAAGUAAGACGACUUUACGCGUGCUGCGAGAAAGCGAAACGAAUAGUGUCAAUGAUCGUGAAUGUGACCUAAAUGUCCUAAAUUACAUAUCACUUUGUGUUCCGGAAUAAUUCGAUGCUCUUUCUGACUUAGAUCACUUUCGUGAUUAUUGACUUAAUUCGAAAUUAAAUGCAAAUACUGAACGACGGCGAUCAGUAAUAUUUAUAUUUAAAUAUUAUAGUAAUAGAGAAUCGACAAUUAUAUAUAUAUAUAUAUUUAUAUAUAUAUAUAUAUAUAUAUAUAUAUAUAUAUAUAUAUAUAUAUAUAUACAGCGUGUACUCUUUUUAUCGAUUUAUGCGAAUGAAAUUCUUAAAAAAAAUUUCGAAGUUACAAUUAUAAAAAUGAACAUAACCUAAGUAUGAAGAGAUUCAUCAACAUAGUUUUUUUUUUUUUUUUUUUUUUUUAAUAUCACUGAAAAUAAUGAUAUUCGUUUGAAUCGAUUACAAUAGGAUAUAUUGUAUUUACAUGAUGCAAAGAUUAAUUAAGUAAAAUGGAAUUUGAUAAAAGGGUAAUGAUCGACGACACCGUAAGUAUGUAUGUAUGUAUACGCGAAAAAAUUUCCAACUUGUAAUAGAGGCUAUCAAAAGAGUGAACUUGAUCCAACGCAUAUACUUUCUUCGAUAUCGUCAAUAUAUCGGAGAGAAAUUAAACAGUCGCGAGUAAAAUUCACAUAUAAAAAAAACUCUUAUUAAUAAUAAUAAUAAUAACAAUAAUAAUAAUAGUAAUAAUAACAUUAAUAAUAAUAAUCAAAAAAUUUGUGAAUGUAUAAAAGAUCGAGAAAUAGUCUCAUUUAAUUACAAGAUACGUUGGGUGUGUACGUAAUGUUACGCGAUCACGAUAUCAAAUGCGUUUGAUGAUUAACUGUCGAGAUUAAUCUAAGAAUAUGCAGAUGUGAAAUUGCAACUAUUAACUUUAAUUAUGACUAUUAACUUGAACAAUCGUUAUGUUUUCCUUCUUUGGUAAUAUUAAUUAUCUUAAAUAUGUAAAAAUGGCGGCAGUCGGUACCAAUUCUUCCAGGAUUCAGAUUCUUUUUUUCAACCAAUCCCAUUUGAAACGUUAAAAGAUAAUUAUUAUAUAUUGAGGUCAUUACACGUUGAAGUUUUCUCUAAUAACCCAUUCCAAUUUUUAAAUGGGAAUAUAUUAAUUAUUAAUAACGAAUAAAUUAUUCUAUACUUUUUCUUUAAGCGACCGAAAAAAUAAAUAUUGUUAAUUCUAAAACGUAUCCUCGAAAGUCGUAUAAAGUACUUUUUGAUAUGAUAUAUCUUCGAUCUGAGAAUUAGGUAGAAAAUUUUGUUAUUAGUUUAUUGUGAACGAGGAUUCAUGGAAAUUUUGUAUCGAGUGAAUUUUCUGAUAUCAUUUAUGAGGUUAUGUACGCUUCAUAUAUUAAGAGAACUUGUUUUUCUUUCUUUCUUUCUUCUUUUUUUUCUUUUUUUUUUUUUUAACAUUUUCUACACUCGUAUGCGAAUCAUAUCAUGGUUCUCAUAUACGAAAUAAGUAGCGAUAAAUUAUCUAAAUUAUCAUUGAAUUAAUCGAUAACGUUAUUGAUAAUCAAACUUUGUAAGUCUUAUUUCAAGAAGAUUGCGAAUUAUUUUUUUACUUACAUAUUCUUUCUAAAAGCGUUUUCUUCGUAUUAAAUUUUCAUUUCUUUAUUCACUCGUGAUAUUUUCGAUUUAUCAUAUUGGUCAGUCGAUCUUAUCUCGUCUAUUCUAAUCGAUUUAUGCUUCUACUAUGCUUUCUCUCUUUUUCUCUCUUUCUCUCUCUCUCUAUUUCUCUUACACACGUACACACAUACACAGCACGCGACGGACCGUUCGAAGGAUAUGAGCUCUUAACUUACGUCACUGCAAUAUAAAUCGUUAGAUCGAAAACUUCGAUCGAUUCUUUUGUGUAUCGAGUUAGCGUAUACUCGAUGGAUCGUGAUUAAAGAUUAAUCGUAACCCUUCCUACGAACGAGUACUGGCUUAAGUCUGAAGACUUUGACGCGUUUGUUGUGUUGUUUCGAUUAAUAAUCUAUUUCGGACCACGCGCGUUCUUACGCUCUGUAUUGCAACAAGUACGGUUAUACAUGGGUCUAGUGCCCUUCUUUUUCUGUAAAAGUAAACAUUUUAAAGCUACAAAUAAACGGACUAUAAACGUC